AUGAGGCUGCUCGAUACACGGACAGGCCAGUUUGUGGAGAAAGAUCCGGAGAGGACUUCCUAUACCGUCCUGUCGCACGUGUGGGACAAGGUCGAACACACACCGCACGACAUGUCCACUUCCAGCGCUGUGGCGCCCAUCUGGUCCGAUCAUCGACUGUCGCCAAAGAUACGGGAGUCCUGCAGAGUUGCACGCGAGGCAGGCUACCGGUACGUUUGGAUCGACUCGUGCUGCAUAGACAAGACGAGCAGCUCCGAGUUGUCCGAAUCGAUCAACUCCAUGUAUCAGUGGUAUGGGCGUGCGAGGGUGUGCUAUGCAUUCCUUGCGAACGUCCCCGCCGGCGAAGACCCCCGUAAACCAGGGUCCGCUUUCCGUUCGAGCCGAUGGUUCAGGCGCGGGUGGACACUCCAGGAGCUGAUCGCCCCAUUUUCCGUGACGUUUCUCUCCAAGGACUGGACGGAGAUCGGGACGAAGGUCGCUCUGGCUGACCUUGUCGAGGAGAUCACGGGCAUCCCUGAGGACGCUCUCGUGCAUGCCAAGUUGCUGGACGAGUACAGCGUGGCUCAACGACUCUCGUGGGCUGCCAAACGGAGAACAACGCGAGUGGAAGACCGGGCGUACUCGCUUCUGGGAAUCUUCGACAUCAAUAUACCAACGCUGUACGGUGGGGGCGAGCGCGCGUUCCGCCGGUUACAGGAGGAAAUUGUACGACGUGUCCCCGACCAGACCCUUUUCGCAUGG